GCGUUUUAUCACACUUCGGUUGUUUCCUUCGACGUGGUUUUUUUUUUCCGUAGCCGAGAAGACGCCAUGCCUGGACUUCUGCUGGGAGACGAGUUUCCAAACUUCGAGGUCAAUACAACCAACGGCCGGAUUAAAUUUCAUGAUUUCCUGGGUGCCUCAUGGGGUAUACUUUUCUCCCACCCAAAAGACUUCACUCCAGUCUGCACUACUGAGCUGGCCUGUGCUGCUAAUAUCAGCAAUGAGUUCAAGAAACGAGAUGUGAAGAUGAUCGCCUUGUCCAUUGACAGUGUUGAGGACCAUCUGAGUUGGAGCAAGGAUGUGAUGGCAUUUGGUGGACAGCCUGGUGAUCUGCCCUUCCCCAUAAUCGCCGACGAUAAGAGAGAGCUGGCCACACAGCUGGGCAUGCUGGACCCGGAUGAGAGGGACAAGGAUGGAAUCCCCCUCACUGCUCGCUGUGUUUUUGUGAUUGGACCAGACAAGAAGAUGAAGUUGUCCAUCCUCUACCCUGCAACGACUGGAAGGAACUUUGAUGAGCUGAUUAGAGUAAUCGACUCUCUGCAGCUCACUGCUAAGAAGAAGGUUGCGACUCCUGUCAACUGGAAGGCUGGUGAAGAGGUCAUGGUCAUUCCCUCGUUGUCGGAGGCUGAAGCCGCUGUCCUCUUUCCUGCAGGUGUGACAACUAAAGAAAUGCCAUCUGGAAAAAAAUAUUUGCGCUACACUCAGCCCUGAGGGGACUGACGCUGUCCUGAAGGGGUCACCAGGGACCACAUCCUGCUUUAGAUAUGGCAAACUACAACCAUUUAUGUGUAAGUGUCCAAAAGCAUGGUUGUGCUCCUCUGAUGGCUGUCUUCCAUUCCUGAAUAUUGUAGUUGUCGUGGACAGCAGAAGUAUUCUUGACGUCUGUGCAGAGUGCCUUGUUUAGGUCCCGUCAAACCCAAGUGAAAACAGCUGGGACAUGUUUGUUAUUCCUCAAUAAAACUGACAUCUGAAUUG